AUGAGCAUGCAUCCUGCCUUAGAUAAUCCCCAGGUGUUUCUGGAAGAUCAACAUCUCUGCAUGGCGCGCAAUUUAAUCUAUAAUCGCAUGCAUCAAGUCCGUGAGCGAUUUUGUGGACGCUUAUCCUUCGACCUACACCAACAAACGUGGCAAUCUAUCCAUAUGGACAUCGGCGUCCGAACAUAUCCAACGUUCCACGACCCGCAACAUAUAUUAAACAAAAAACUGGGUAAAUUUGUUUGCGUAUGCGCUGAAGAUAUUUUAGAUAAUGGACUACGGCGCUGUGCCGUAAUAUGUGCUGAAGUUUGCCUUCUUUCUCGACCGCCGCUGCCUCUACGGCAGUGUAAAUGUAGGCCUAUUCAUAACACCGAAUUGCUAGUUUUCAUAUCGGCCAGAAGCGGGCCAAACACACGUAUACAAGGUCAGAUCUCAGCCGAACUCAAGGUUCAGCAUGGGUCUGCCACACAUCGCUUCUGGCAGUUAGUCUGCGCAAAGCCACAUGCUGCCUUUACUUGCCCCUUCAUCUUGUGUGGGUGGCGACUCAAGCUCCAGCCACUCAUGAACGCCCAAAAGCUUCUUUCCACUCCACAAUCCGCGAAAGCGGGAACCUGCCAAGAUAAAGCCCUCGACUUAUGUAAUACUUUUUUGCACCUUCACAAUCUGAACAAUCUAAAUCCAACGUUGAAGGUGAAGAACUUUUCCCAGUAG